UUGCAUAAAUUUAGCCGGACAGUGCUGUAAAUAUUGGAGAAUCGUUUGAGUUUUCACAUUUUAACUUACGAAGUGCAAGUGCACAGAGUUCAUUGUGUUUCGUUGUAAUCUUUUCGUAACUGCUUUUAUUUGAUAAAUACCUACAUACAAGAAGCGAAAUGCCAAACGAGGACAGGAAUAAUACUAACAGGAAUAAUGAGAGGGAUAAUCAGUAUUCGUCGUAUGUGGCCGGAGCCGCGAUGGGUCUAAUCGGUGUUGCAGCCGGCGGCGCGCUGUACUACCUGACUCGUUCGCUGAUGCCGACGUCAAGACCAGCUGCACAAGGAAACCCGCCGCCUGAAGACCAAGCGCCACUAAGGUCUGCGACAUCGAGGCACUCCUCGACACCCAGAAUCCAAGCCAAUCCUACUGCAUCCACGUCAAGAAAAAGUGACAAUGAUUCGAUCUCAUCGUAUCUUAGUGAUUUGAUGAACAGAAUUUCAACAUCAAGUGGAAGCCCAAGUGUAGCUUCGUCCAGUGUCAGAAUCAGGGAGGUGCCUCCAGACAACCCCGUUAUCACAAACUUGAACUCCCUGCUAUCAGACAUCCACGUGAGGUACAUCAAACUGAAAGAGUUCGAUCUCCACUACAAAGUAUUCGACACCAUUUUCCAAGAUCUACACAAGAAAAUGAAGGAAGUGGAUCCGUAUUACCGGAAAUAUUCAAGCACGGUUCAAUUUGCUGGCAGCCACUACGAUAAUUUGCGUAUCAAGAAGCCUGACGAAUUUGACAUGGAUAUAGUUAUUGGUUUGCCAUUGAACAUUAAAACAGAUGCUAUGAACCCAACUGGAAGCGACAUUCUCAUCGAGCCGACAUCAGCUGGCUUCGUCCAGCUUAAGAUGGGCGUCCAGUUCCAACGGCUGCCGAUGAGAGACAAGGAAGAAUGGCUGAUCAACAGAGCCGCGUAUGAAUGGAAGGAUGACUCUAACUACCUCCUUCGGUCAAAAUUCAACGAUUGGUUCAAAAGUGUUGUGAACAAGGCAUUAAACAAAUUCGAGGUGUCUGGCAACCGACCUCUGUAUUACGUCGAAGGCGUGCCUUACAUUAUUGACAAAUCUGAGUCUGGUCCGGCUAUGACGCUUCUGAUUAGCAACAAAUCUAGAAACUUCAAACUGGACGUCGAUCUUGUGCCGUGCCUCAAGUUUCCGGAAGAUCGGUGGCCCAUCGGUAAGAGCUAUCGGCAAAUCCCACAAAAAUGCAAGAAAGACUAUUGGAUGGUCGUCGGCAAGCCCAACAAGGAGUCUCCUAGCGUGCUCGGACAGCUGAGGUCCUGGCGUUUGGCUCUUCAUAACCAGGAGAGGGAAUUAAUGCACAAUUCUUACAACUUACGACAAGCUAUUCGACUGGUGAAAAAGCUAAGGGACUCGUUGGGAAUGAAAAAGAUUGCAAGUUACUACAUCAAGACCCUAUUUUAUUGGGAUGUAGUCGAAAUCAAUGACCCAGAAUAUUGGAGGAGGAACAAUCCCGCGACAUUGUUCAAACUGAUGGUUGGGAAACUGCACCAGGCUUUAGUGGUGGGGAAAAUCCCUUACUUCUGGAAUAAGGACAACAAUCUGAUUGGCAAUGUUGACAGGAAGGUCCUCAAUGAAUACUUGUUGAAACUAGUGCCGCUUAUAGAUAUCCUGGACCAACCGGAUAAAUACAAGAUGGUCGCUAAGUAUCUGUUGACGCCGGAAGAGUUUGCCGAUUACAAUAGAAAGUUUCUACACAUUUGAAGAUACUUAACUCGAUAAAGUAUUAAGAGAUGUUGAUUUAGACGUGCUAUAAAAGUGAUACAUAUAUUUAAAUUAUUUAUCUCUUUGAAGUUUUUAUACAAAAUCUGAAAUGUAUAUUUUAUAACGUUUUACAUACUUUGUGUAAGGGCAAUUGCCUCUGACAGUACUCGAUAUUAAGUUGCCGUUAUGGCUCGCAUUGUGUUGGUCACCUUAUCACAGCACAGAUCGAGUGCUAAAUGUCACCAAAAGCGUUUGUGUGAUCCACGAAAGCUUGUCCUGUUCAGGUUGUGAAUCCCCCGUGACAAAAGGAUCGAAUUAUUAGACUUAAUCUAAUAUUAAAAAUCUAAUGUUUAGUCCAUCAGACAGUUUUUCAUAAAAUAUUGAAUACGUAUUUUUAUUUUAUCAUAUCAUUCAGAAAUCUGUCUGUUCAAGGUUAAAAUUAAGUACUCAAAUAAUAUUUUUGCAUCACAUUUUUUUUGAUAAGAUUUAGCCUUAAUUAGCCGUAAUUUAAGUAUUUAGGAUUUGGACCAUUUGAAGUAAGCUACAUUUUAGUAAAUAGAUUUGACGUUAAAAUAGGCCUUAAAAACAUGUGCAUAAUAUGAUUGUGAAGCAGAUUUUUUAACGAUUAUUUUUUGUCAGCUGAUUUAAUUAGAUGACUAACGAACGACAUGACAUUUGCUUACACAGUACUUUACACUUGACAGUUGAAAAUUCAAUUUAAAUUAUGUGCAGCUAAAAAAAAGCAAGCUAUUGCCUGCCUAUCUGCCUAUGAUAUUGUAUGUUAGUUAAGAUUCAUAUUUUUAUGACAUUGCAUUUUUUAAGGUAGCAAUUUUAUACACAUAGAUGUUUGUAAUUCAGAGAAAUACAUGGAAAUGUGAUAUA